AGAACACCACUGAAGAAGAUGAAAAUGAGUCGGGACUGCGUGAGAUCUGGUGUGUUUGUUUCGACAUCGUAGAGGCUGCAGUCAGAGCAGAAAGACAAAAUGGAUCAGUACGAACUCGAAAUGAAAGAAGAGGACGCGGACAUCUAUCAAGACCAGAACAAGAGCGAUAUGGAGUUUCAGGACCCGAGUUUAACGGAACAGGACCGGUCCAUUAGCGAAAUAAAGAAGGAGGAACAGGACCGGUCCACUAACGGAGUAAAGAAGGAGGAACAGGACCGGUCCAUUAGCGAAAUAAAGAAGGAGGAACAGGACCCGAAUUCAACCAAUCAGGACCUGUCCACUAGCGAAAUAGAGAAGGAGGAACAUGACCGGUCCACUAACGGAGUAAAGAAGGAGGAACAGGACCGGUCCACUAGUGGAAUAAAGAAGGAGGAACAGGGCCGGUCCACUAACGGAGUAAAGAAGGAGGAACAGGACCGGUCCACUAACGGAGUAAAGGAGGAGGAACAGGACCCGAAUUUAACCGAGCAGGACCAGAGUUUAACCGAGCAGCACCGGUCCACUAGUGGAAUAAAGGAGGAGCAGCAGGACCGGUCCAUUAGCGGAGCUGAGGAGGAGCAGCAGGACCGUGACCACGCUGGUCCCACAGAUCAACAGUGCAAAAGACACCAGCCGGUGUUUACAACAAUGUCAUCUGUGGAAAAGUGUGUGCGGUGUGUAGGACCAGUUUCUUCUCUUAGAUGGCUGGGUUACAAAUGCAAAGUUUGCUUAGAAGUCUGGCACAAAUCCUGCUUUGGACAAACUGAAAAUGAAAACCUUGAAGAUUUGUAUAAACUGCAAUUAUUCGACGAUGACCUGACCUCCGAUGGUAGUGGAACAGCAGAUGAGGAUGAGGACUCAUCUGAAGAGGAAUACAUUCCAGAUUCUGAGGCAUCAGAAGAUUGUGAUUCGGUUGCAAGUAUGUCUGUUGCUUCUACCCCAUCAAAAAUUGGACCAGCUCAGACACAAGCAGUGGCCUCUGACACGAGCACCACAGAAGAUGAAGUUUUCUUAAGUGCUGCAAAACCAUGUAAUUUAACAAGUUCUGAUCAACAAAGGAAUGAUGGACAGAAGCACAUCUUUACAUCCACACCUGUUACUUCAAGUAGCAUAAAUUACUGUUACAUUUGUGGUAAAGCACAGACAAAGUUUGCCCGGCAUUUGAGAACGCACAAGACCCAUGUUGAAAUUGAGCGCAUUUUCUCCCUUCCUAAGAAAUCAAAAGUGCGCAAGAGACAACUAGAAAAAGUGCGAAACAGGGGAAAUUUCCAACAUAACGCUGAAGUUUUGCAGAGUGGAAUGGGAUCAUUAAAGGUUAAGAGAAAAACAAAAACAGGUCAUGCAAUUGGGAAAUUUAUUCAUUGCAUGUACUGCAAAGGGUUGUACAUUCGGAAGGAGCUUUGGAGGCAUGUUAAAAGAUGUCCAGAAAAGCCAGAAGUGGAUGAUUUGCUUAAUGAGGUGACUGGGAAGAAAAAGGUAUUGGGUUUUGCUUCAGCUGUGGAGUCUGGACCAAUUCAGAAAAUUUCUAGUGGAGUGUGGAAACUUCUUGGCGCGAUGAGAGAUGAUGAUGUUACAUCAGUGGUCCGGAAUGAUGUCUGCAUUCUUCAGUUUGCCCAAUCUCUUUUUAAUCGGCAUGGUCAAGACACAACCAAAUAUGAAUACAUGCGACAGAAACUUCGAGAAGUGGGACGUUUGUUGCUGUGUCUCCGCAAAGAUUUUUCUGUUCAAAACAUUGAAGAUGCCAUUAGACCAGCAAACUUUCAUAGAGUUAUUGAAGGUGUCAAGAAGCUGUCCGGCUUUGAUGAAGAGACUCAUUCCUAUCAAACACCAAGCUUGGCUUUAAAACUGGGACAUAUACUUAAUAGAAUUGCUGAGAUUAUCCACUGGAGAGCACGUAUGGCAACAGAUGAGAACCUAAUUAAGUCUACGGAGACGUUUAAAAGGUUGUACCGUUCUAAAUGGUCAGAGUUGCUGUCUCACAGUACGCCGAAUACACUGAGUGAUGCCAAGUACAACAAACCUUCAACAUUACCAUUUACUAAAGAUGUGCAAAAGCUUCAUCAGUACCUGGAGAAACAAUCAGAAAGUGCUUUCUGCAACCUUAAAGAGAAGGCCACUCAACAAAACUAUGCUAAUCUUGCAAAAGUUACACUUGCACAAACUGUUGUGUUCAAUCGAAGACGUGCUGGUGAGGUUUCAAAAAUGCACCUGAAAUGUUUUUUCGAAAGAGACCAAACAAAUCUCCAUGAAGAUGUUGCAAUGGGAUUAUCCAAAGUGGAACAAAGGCUCUGCAAAUAUUUCACCAGACUUGAAAUUAAGGGUAAAAGGGGAAGAAAGGUUCCUGUUCUGCUGACUCCAAAGAUGAUAGAUGCUUUGUCACUACUGACUGACAGUAGGUCCGAAUGUUGUGUUAACGAAAAAAAUGUUUUCCUUUUUGCAAGACCAAAGUCAAUGAGCCACUACAGGGGACAUGACUGUUUGCGUAUUCACUCAAACCAGUGUGGAGCCAAGCACCCUGAAUACCUCAGGUCAACUCAACUCCAGAAGCACGUGGCUACGCUCUCUCAAGUACUUAACCUGAAAAAUAAUGAACUUGAUCAGGUAGCUGAUUUUAUGGGUCACGACAUUCGUGUUCACCGGAAUUUCUACAGAUUGCCAAUUCCAACAAAACAACUAGCCAAAAUUUCAAAGAUGCUUUUGUCAAUGGAAAAAGGACAGCUUUCCAACAUGCAGGGGAAAUCCCUAGAUGAAAUUGAAAUUGAUGAUGAAAUCUUUGCAAGCGACAGAGAGAAAAAAACGAAAAAAAGAGAAGGUGAAGUGGAUGAUGACCAUGCUUUAGCUGCUUCAGAAGUGGACUCAGGAAUAUGGCCUAGUGAGCCAAUGGACUCCAAAGAGCAGGGUGGUGAAGACAGCACUAUCGAUGAAAUUGCUGAGGAACCAAACCCCAUGCGAAAGCCUAAAAGACUGUGGUCUAAAGCAGAGGUCACCGCUGUAAUGCGACAUUUUAAAGACCACGUACUGGAAGGAAGACGGGCAACUAAAAAUGAAUGCUGUCAAUGCAAACGGGCCGAAGCCCCAGUGUUGGAUGAAAGAACUGUCCAAAACAUACGGGACUUUGUUAGAAACCGGGGUGUAUCUGUAAAAAGAAAGUCACAGAAAUAAGUGCACAAAGUAAAUCCUAGACCUCUUAUCCUGUCUAGUCCCAGUUACUGUACCAGUUGCCAGUUUUUGCUAAACUGAUUUUGACCUAUGCCUGUUUUUUGACCUCCUCCUGCUUACCCCAACCUGUACUUCUGCCUGUGUUUUUCUGUGUGCUGACCUGUGCCUGUUUGACCUGCUCUUCCUACCAUUAAACCCAUUGAACUUUGGUCCCAUUGGUCCAGCACCUAACCCGUUCUGACACAAACAGUAUUGUGGCAGUUGUUGCAAUUCACAAUUACGUUAUGUCGCAACCUUUUAGUGAAGCUAUGGUUGUUAAAUUUUUAUAUGCUGUUAGGCAUUUAUUUAGCUAUUCUUAUCAAUAUAAGUAAAUGAAUGAAUUGAUAGGCCAUUGAUGGAGGGGGGAUCUUUGUGUUUUGUUUUUUUAUUGGUUUUAAUAAAGCUUUAUGUUUUUACCUAAAUAUAAUUUACAUUAAUUUAAUUUUUAUUUGAGAUUUUAUUUAAAAAGCUUACUCCUUGGUUAAAAUAGUUAGAAUACUGCUUAUAAAAUACUAUGGUUUGUCAGAUCUGUGUGUUUAUGCUAAUGUGUCAAUCAAAUAUGUGACUGACAUGUUCCUUUUAAAGACCUAACAAUGUUGUUUAGAUCUUGAAAACGACAUAAAACAGUUGACCUCUAGAACCAUCAUAGGGUCAGAUUGUUGUGUAUGAAGUUCUGUAGGGUUUAUCUGUACUCUAAAGUAAGAUGAAUUUUUUCAGAUUUUUUGCAGUAUUUUAAUUUUACUCCUGUAGUUCUAGGACCAUAGAAAAUCAUAGUGUGUAAACCAUAACCGGGCGGGUUUUCAGAAAUUGUACUUGUAUACCUCAGAGACCCGUAUAGGUGUGUGCGCAUGUGUGUAUGCAAAGCAGCGACUAGAUUUAAACCCACAACCUUGGUGUCACCAGCACCAACUUAAAGAUAACACAGUAAAGUAAUACACAAUAAUUAGAAAAGAGAAGAUGAGAUGAGAUGAGAUGUAAAACAGGACAUGAGGACAGCAAUGAAACAUUAGAAUGCAGAGUACAUUGCCCUCAGGAGUAACACACACAGGCACACACACACACUGAAAGAAUAAUGUGAAACACAGAUAAUAAUAAAGAACAAAGAUCACCAGGGUCACCCCCAGUGUCUUUGUGUGGCGUGUACA